UGGGCUGCGGGACCGGGGUUGGACAAGAUGGAGGCUCUACAGUGCCUGUCGGGUCCCGAGCAGCUGGAGGACGCGGCCUACGCCGGGGCUUUGCUCCGGGAGCUCAAGUCCUUCUACGAUGCGCGGCUGUUGGUGGAUGUAACGUUGGAGGUGGAUGGCGGUAGCCGCUUCCUGUGCAACCGGAACGUGCUGGCAGCCGCCAGCCCCUACUUCAGGAGUAUGUUCACGGGCGGCCUGUUCGAGAGCAAGCAGCAGAGCGUCACCAUCCACGACGUGGACUCGGACUCGAUGGCGCUCAUCAUCGACUACUGCUACACCGGCCGCGUCACCGUGUGCGAGGCCAGCGUGCAGAAACUCUACGUGGCGGCCAACAUGCUGCAGCUCGAGUACGUGAGACAGGCUUGCGCCGCCUUCAUGGCGCGGCGCCUCGACCUCUAUAACUGCGCCGGCAUCUUAAAGUUUGCAGAUGCUUUUGACAACGUGGAACUGAAAGAAAAGGCACUUGCUUUCAUCGCUUGCAACUUACAACAUUUGUGCAAAACGGAGGAAUUGUGUGAGCUUUCACUGGAACAGAUCAAAGAGAUACUGAAACUGGACACUCUGGAUGUUGACAGCGAGGGGAAGGUGUGCACAGUGGCAAUUCAGUGGAUUGAAUCAAAUAUCACUGAGCGUGCUACACAUGCACUUGAAGUCUUGAAGUGUGUAAGAUGGCAUCAUUUCAGUGAGAAGGACAGGCUGGAUGUCGAUGCACUUAAAUCUCAGUUGUUUGUCAAAAACAAAUCUCUUCUUUCCAUUUUGGAUGACCUUUCUGCUCCCAAAGGUGUUGACGUGUCUACCAGCAUACAUAACUCUUCAAAAAGGAUUGGAUUUAGUGCUAAAGAGAUGGUUAUAUUUUUUGGCCAUCGAAAGGAGCCUUUUCUCUGUUAUGAUCCCUAUUCAGGUGACAUUUAUGCAAUGUCUUCACCUUUGACUAGUCCAGCCCUUACAAAGUCCAUCAGUUCACUUGCUGUCUGUGUUUCACCAGACAAUGAUAUCUUUUUGGCAGCACAGCCAAGUAAACAACUCUGGGUAUAUAAUGCAGUUCAGAAUAGCUGGCAACAACUUGCAGAGCGACUGCUGGCAAGAGAAGGGAUGGAUGUUGCAUAUUUGAAUGGAUACAUUUACAUUCUGGGUGGUCGUGACCCGUCAACGGGCCUCAAGGUUAAAGAAGUUGAGUGUUACAGUAUUCAAAGAAACCAGUGGAUUUUUGUAGCCCCUCUGCCUCAUGCACUGCACUCAUUUGAGCUGAUUACAGUUGGAGACUGCUUGUAUGCCGUCAAUAAUAAGAGGAUGUUAUGCUAUGUGCCGGAAAGGAAUCAGUGGCUGAAUUGUGCUUCCUUAAAGCGGAGUGAGUUCCAGGAAGCUUGUGUUUUCAAUGAAGAAAUUUAUUGUAUUUGUGACAUCCCAGUUAUAAAAGUUUACAACCCUUCAAAAGGUGAGUGGCGAAAGAUCAGUGAUAUCCCCAUCGAUGCCAAUAUCCACAAUUUUCAGAUUGUUUGUCAUGGCAACAAACUGCUUCUCAUAACCACCAUAGUGCCACAGUGGAGGAAAAACAGAGUGACUGUUCAUCAGUACGAUGCAAGCAAUGAUCAGUGGGUCAACAUUGGUACAAUGCUGGGUUUGCUACACUACGACAGUGACUUUAUAUGCCUUUCAGCACGUCUAUACCCUUCAUGCUUGGAGCCUGGGCAGAGCUUUAUUAGCGAGGAGGAUGAUAUCCGCAGUGAGUCAAGUGCAGACUGGGAUUUUGAAGGCUCAAGUGAUAUUGACUCAGAGUCAGGGAGCUCAAGUUCAUUUUCAGAUGAUGUCUGGCAGCCACCAGGAGGACUAAGAGUUGAACGAAUACAGCAAAAUGGCCAUUCAGUCCCUCCAGAUAAUAGAGUUCCUCAUAUGAAUGGCCAAAGUGGGAACUAACCAACUAUAUUUUAAAUGCUCUUUAAUUUGGGGAGUUGGGGCGGGGGGACAGAAGAGUCAAAAAUAGUGAAAAGUAACUAGUAUUUUUUUUUGGGAUUGUUGCUGAUCUGGUAGUUUUUGGCAAAUACAGACAGUUAUAUUUUUUGCGGUACAUGUUGGUAUGUUUGAAAGAACUAGGAAAAUAAAAAUCGCAUUGAAAUUGAUUUUCUGUAUUGGCAGUUACACCACGGAUUUGUUCUGCAUUUUGUUCUGGCCCUUCUCAAGUGUGCAGCACCAUUUUAAAAAUGAUUACUUUGGUGAUGGGGAUCAGGUGGUUAACCGUGUUCAGAAUUGUUCUCAGUAAAAGCAGAGGUCUGAGGUUACUUGUCAUAUUUACAUUUACAUUACAUACUUGUAUGUGAUACUUAAUCUUGUAUUCUUGUAUGAUGAAUACACACAAGAUUAUGAAUCCAUGAAGAAUUAGUAAAACAGCAGCAAACUAGCAACUAGAAUAGCCUGUGGCAACUUUUGUAAAGAAGCCAAAGGUUAUUGCAGCUCUCUAGGGAAUGCACAGCUCUAGUUCAUUUAGUGAAUUCUAGUUCAAGAAUAUGAACAAUCCAGAUUUUUCUUUCAUCCUUCAUUUGGGUAAUCUGUUGACUUUAAUGAAAUCGGGUAACUCAGCAAGCUUGCAUUGUUUUCAGAUUGGUAGGGGAAAAAUGGAUUAAGUAGCCAUGUUCCAUAUCUCCUUAGUAGAACCCGAAUACAUUUGGUGGAAAUCCUCAUUUAAAAAAAGAAGAAACUGGUCAUUAAGUAACAUUCACCUUUUGAAAAGUAUAUCAACAUGUAUCAUAUUUGUAUAAAUUUGUGGGUCCCCCCCGCCCCGAAAAUAGCAAUUUAAAAGCUGACUAGUAAAAUUGGAACUGUUUUGAACCUGACUAUAUGGACAUCAAAAGUACAGAUGUGCCUAAUAGGAAUGUUUGUAAUUUCAUGCAUGAGAAAUGGCUGUGUUUGCUUGCAUCCAAAAUGCACAUACAGUAUUUCUGUUUUAUGUUGAUCACCCCGGCCCUACUACUUGUAUUUUAUUUGCUGAUCUUCAUCUCUUCUCUGACAACAUUAUUGAGACAUUAACCAUGAUGUAUUUCAAUGGCAGCACAGAUUUAAACAGCACAAUGCUCUACUUAUUUGGGAAGAUCUGUGUAAAUAACAUAGUGAAACCUGCUCAUUCUGACCAUCUAAUGUUCUGAAACUGGCAGAAGUAGACAGAAUAAAGAUUACCACAACAUCCAGUUAAAAAGAGCAAAAUUUGAAUCAGGAGAUCUCAGAUCUUUAAAUUUUUUUUUGGCUAGGUGAUGCAUUUGUCCUCCGUUUGUACCAGCAUGAGGCUGUGGUGGUGCAUGAUUUAAAUUUUCAGUUUAAAGAGGUCUUUUGUUUAUUAAAUUAUUUUCUUAAUUUAAAAAUAUUUGAUAAAGGAAUUCGAAUUAAGCAGCUUAAAUUUAACACAUUUGAACUAGAAUUGACUUAACUUCAUAUUUCAUCCUGUUUCUGCCUUGACAGUUCAGUCAUUUUAAAAAUAUUUGUUUAUACUAAGCAAAUGGAAUGAGGCAUUUCAAAUGAACAUUUUCAAUCCUUUUAAAUUUAAAAAAAAUGCUCAUAGAAUUCCAAUUUUAAAGCAUUAAAGUGCAAAUGACUCUAGAAACUUGGAAAUUAACCCUCAUAACUGUAGCAGCAACUUGUAUUAAUGUAAUUUCGUUAACAUGGUAAAAUGUAUCUUAGUUUGCAUAAAGGGGUGUUUAGUUAGAGUGAGGGUUUUAGAUAGAGGGGCUGUUGUUAGAUGAGUUUGAGAGGGAAUUCCAUAGAUUAGGGCUUGGGCAGCUGAACUUAUUGCCUGAUUAGGCUUGAACUUCAUUAAACAGUAUAUAGCAUUUUUUAAAACCAUUUAUUGACUUGAAUAAUUUAUUCCUAAAUAAGGCAUUUAAGCUAUUCCAUUGAUUAUCUGUAAUUUCAUCUUUUCAAUAUUUUAAAUAGGGUGAGUUUUAUGAGAAGUUUUGACUUUUAAUUGAUGCACGUUUGUACAAAUUCUUUGCUGAAAUUGCUACAGUCAAAUACACAUUUAUAAACAAUAGUUUAUUAAAUCUAUCCUCACCACCCUCCCAACUUGCCUUUCAGUGUAGAGAUUUAAUAGCUUGCUAUUUGAAGUAUUUUUCACUGGAAAUUGGCAGCAGAACAGAUUAUUCAGAUUUGAGUGCUGUUUAGGAAGCAAAUGCUUUGAGUUUGAUGUUAAAAUGACCUGUUAUAUAUGAUGGACAGCUAAUCCAUAAAAGUUCAUGUAUUUGUACUAUUAUUGCUAUAUUCAAUAAAAGGUUAUCUUUUUUGCUUGUUCAAGAUCAAAACUGUUAGAGGAGACAAUG